AAGAAUAAGACAGCCUGCUGUGGUGUGUCUUGUGUUCAUUUGGGUCAGUUGUUAAAAUCUUUGAUUUCAGUGUUUUGUUAUUGGAGAAGGACAACAGCAUGGGGGAAGCCGAGCUUGUUCCAGCUGUUCAAGCAGAGUCGGGCGUCAGUACCAUCGAAGACUCGGUCGUAUGGAGUCAAGAAGUCGAGGUUUGCCUGUUCCAUGCGAUGCUAGGUCACAAACCCGUAGGGGUAAAUCGCCACUUUCACAUGAUCUGCAUCCGGGAUAAAUUCAGUCAGAAUAUUGGGAGGCAAGUGUCAUCUAAGGUGAUCUGGGACCAUCUGGGAACUAUGUAUGACAUGUCGGCCUUGCAUGAGUCAGAAAUAUUGCCAUUUCCCAACUCAGAGAAGAGCUUCAAUCUUCCAGAGGAGAUGAUUCAAAAAGUAAAAGAAGGUAAACUGGUGUCUGAGGACGACAUGAAAGACGAGUUGAAAGAAGAACGAGACUCCCCAGCCACGCAUGAAGAAGGCAGCAACUCCUCGGUGAAGAUGACAGAGAGGGCCGUCAGCAAAGACAAGGAGAGAGAGAGAGACAGAGACCGAGAGAAGGGUUCCUCUGAGGGCGGCCCAGGGAAGGAGGCAGCAGACAAGAGGAAGAGGAAUCGUGCAACUGAGAAGGUACUCAACUCCAGCAGCAACCCCUCCAGCCCCGGUGGAGCCAAGCGGAGAAGGACGUAGGCCAAGUCACCAGGAGACGCCCUCAAGAUAUCAGCCGCUGCAGAGAGCAGGAGACCCCAGGGGGAGGAGGAGAGACCUGGGACUGGAGAGACUCAUCUGUGAAGCCUGGAGGGAAACGGGAGGGAGGGUGAGAGACUUAGGACUGGAGAGACUCAUCUGUGAAGCCUGGAGGGACUCAUCUGUGAAGCCUGGAGGGAAACGGGAGGGAGGGUGAGAGAGUGGCGUUUGGCGUCAGACAAUAGAGAAGCUAUUUGGACAAUGCAGAAUUUGUGCACAGGUAUCCAGGAGACGAAAUUAAGAACUUUCAGCCCCACAGAAGCUGCAAUUUUAGACUUAUGUAAUGUUCUCCGAACAUCUAGAAGGAUGUAUCAUUUUCCCAUUGCCACACAAUCUCUGAAAACAACACCGCAAUAGCAAUGUGAAGACAAAACCGACUCUUAUUGGUCACGAUUAUCAAUAUACUGUCACAGCAGCCGAGGUUUCUGGACAAUCCCCUCCCUCCAGUCCUCGGCUCUGGAUGAGAGGCCAGCAGCCAUGUUUAGUAAUAUUGACACAAUUCAAUCAGACAAGUUAUCAAUGACAUCAGAAUGAGUGUAAUGGUUCUAGUGCUUGUGUUCAGGCUUGUGUUCAGGCCUGUAUCCUGUUUGGCUUUGGAGAAAUGCAGGACUACUAAAUCACAGCAAUACACUGUAUUACUGGCUGGACGCUUGCUCUAAUUCUUGUUGUUGUUGUGUUCUGAUUUGUUACAAGUUGUUGUAAACACAUGCAUAGAGCACCUCAUCCAGCUCUUCCAGUAACUGCCAACCACAUUGUUAUUGUACCUCAUCUGUAUAAAAUGUAGUUGCAAUUUGUGCAAAUUGUCGGUCAUUGUCCCCUCUUUUUCUACAGUCAGUCUUGUGUAUUUUGUCCGUAGGGAUUAUUGAAUGUGCAUGUUUUGGUAAUUGCUAAAAAAGUAUUUUUUCUGUCCAUGUUAAGGACAGACUUUUGCGAAUAUAAUAAACAUGUGUAGCUGUAGUCUCCAUCCCAUUUGAGAUCCCUUUUUUUAUUCUCUAUUUAUUGGACAUGUCAUAUUUUAAAGGUUAUGUCCCAUUAAAUGAUUUCUGACGAA